AUAAAACAUAGAUACUCUGACUGAAGAUUUCGCUCGCUCAUUCACACCGCUACCAACUUACCAUGACUGGUGGCGCCUCCUCUGCUUCCAGACCCCCACCGGAGGAUCACCCCAUCACCGCCGCCGAAAUCCCUUCCACCUCCGCCGCCGUCUCUCCCGUACAAUCCAUGGUCCCGCGCCAAGAGGUCCUCCGCCGCCGUUCUCAGAACCUGAAGCAACUGACCAAAUGCUACAGAGACCACUACUGGGCCUUGAUGGAGGACCUCAAGAUCCACUACAGGGACUACUACUGGAACUACGGUGUCAGCCCCCUCCAGUUUAAACCGCUGCAAGACAAUGCCGAUGACGGAAAUAUCAACCGCCGCUGCGCUUCCGUCGGCUGUAAAUUGACCGCCAUGGCCUUGACGAGCUUUUGUCAUCUCCAUAUUCUCUCGGAUUCCAAGCAGAGGCUCUAUAAGGCUUGCGAUUAUGUUAUCAAGAGUGCUCAGGCAGGACCUAUAACAUGCGGGAAGCCAAUAUUAAGAUCCACUACUCCUUCUCUUUGUGCUGUCCACUUCCAAAAGGCUCAGAAGCAUGUUACCAGGGCCUUGCGGAAGGCAGGUCUUAAUGUUUCCUCAUCAAGUAAGCUUGCUCCUAAGUUCCAUGUAAUACUGGCAGAAUAUGUACACCAAAUUCAAUCCAUGCGAAAAGCUGCACGAAAGGAAAAUAGAAGUAAAGUUGCUAUUAAGGAAGAAGCUGUCGACUGAGCUCCCCAUCUGCAUCCAUGAACUGCUAAUUGUGUAAAUGAUGCAAAACUAGAGGUGCGAUUCUCUCGCUUUCUCUCUCUUGCGGAUCUUUGGAGCGUCAGGUUUUGGUGAUGUGAUGUACAUUAUAGCUUUGGGUUGUCCCAUGGCAUUUAUGGGAUAGUAUGAGCACGACAGUUGUUCCUUUUAAUGUAGUCAAGUUCUAAGAGCUUGUUCAACCACAUAGACCAAGGACCUUUUAUAUUAAUUGUAUUUUGUUUCAUAUGUAAUGAAUUGACUAUGAUAUUGUUUUAAUUAUUUCUUGAUGAGAUUUAUUUUGUGUACAAA